CGUGACCGCCGGAACAUUAUACUGCUCGAUCUCCUGUGUCGCAGUUUGUUUUUCUCUUACAAUUGUGAAUUUUACUUCAUAGAAUUUAAAAAUAAUAAGUAAUCUAUAGGCUACUUUGAACUCUGCGCUGUUAUCGUUUUUUUAAAUAUCUGCUGUAAUUGCCCAUUCUGAAUAAUCGAGCGCGGAGAAUGUCGAAGAAAAUCUUGACCACCAUUGCCUUGGCACUGUUGCCCUUAGUUUUGCUGAUGUGGCUGUCAUCCCAUCGAUCGUCAUCUAGUCCCCAACCGUUAACAGCAUCUACUGCUGCCUACAGUCAAUUAGUUACGACGAUCAUCAGCAGCACACACUCGAGCGACGCCACCGACGGACAGCACCGGGUAGCUGAAUCCAUGUCGGCCGAGGAGAUCUUCCACUAUUUGCACUGGACAAACAGCACUUCGUGUCGAUUCGCUGUCGAUUUCGGUUUCACGAUAUACAGUGCUGGAGGCCUGUUUGCGCCGGACGGCCACAAAGCCGUCUGCCUCGACAAUUCCAUCGCUCCCGUCUACAACAACUGUCUCGUCUACUCGUUCGGCAUCAAUAAUUUGUGGUCGUUCGACGAAUCCAUGGAAAAGUACGGAUGCCAAGUCUAUUCUUUCGAUCCAUCUAUGGGAGUGAAAGAUUACAAUCGGACUGAGAAAAUCCAUUUCUACAACAUCGGCCUGUCCGGAGUGGAUGGAUCGCAUCCCACCAAGGGAUGGAAUAUGAAAACGGCUUCGUCCAUCUACGACAUGUUGGCGACUAGUCACGGAUCCUCAGCGGUCAUCGACAUUCUGAAAAUGGACAUCGAGUGGUCCGAAUGGGAAGCCAUUCCUCAGAUGCUGCGAAGCGGUUUCCUUAGCAACAAGGUCAAACAACUGGCUGUCGAGAUUCACUUUAAUGUGGGCGACUCUUUGGAAGCUUUCCAGCGAAACGUUCGCAUCCUGCAAGACCUCGAGGCCAUGACUGGAACUGAGCGAGCUGGAAAAUUUAUUCGAUUCAGUUCGCGACCCAAUCCUUGGUGUCUGCGACCAAUUCCCAUUUUGAAUGGGAAAACGGAAUACUUCGCGUUGGAACUGGCGUGGUACAACUCAAAGUACUACUCAUUUUAGCACCAAGCUGACUUGGUUGCAGACAUACGACCUGUGUAUAAUCGAUAUAAUAUAUUCUGAAUUUCUGA